AUGAUCCUAUUAGAGGUACCAAGGAUAGACAAGGAUGACAAACUCCACUAUUUCACCAAGGGCCUGCAAACAUAG